UUUUUUAGGUUUUCCUUCCUGAAACGUACUUAUCCUCUCUCUCUCUCUUGCUCCGCGAAACCUCACUCCGGUAUCUAUAGAACGCUUCGAGUUGGUCAAUCGAUGCCGGAGUUAGAUCUCUCUGGGGAUUCGGUAGGAGAUAAGUGUACAUGAGACGGGAUUUUUUGUCGGAGAAAUUCUUCGGCUUGGUUGUAGUGUUUUCGUGUUCGCGUGGUAGAGAGAGAGAGAGAGAGAGAGAGAGAGAGAUUAGGGUUUUGGUGGGUUUGUAGCGAUGGACGCGAAUUUGCUGGAUGAUAUAAUACGGAGGUUGGUGGAGGCGAAGAAUGGGAGGACGGUGAAGCAAGUGCAGCUGACGGAGGCGGAGAUACGGCAGCUUUGCUUGACCUCGAAGGAGGUCUUUCUCACUCAGCCUAAUCUUCUCGAGCUCGAGGCUCCCAUCAAAAUCUGUGGUGAUGUUCAUGGUCAGUUUUCAGACCUCUUGCGGCUGUUCGAGUAUGGCGGCUACCCACCAGCUGCAAAUUAUUUGUUCCUCGGGGAUUAUGUGGAUCGUGGUAAGCAGAGUAUAGAGACAAUAUGCCUUCUUCUUGCCUACAAGAUCAAAUACAAGGAGAAUUUCUUUCUCCUUAGAGGCAACCAUGAAUGUGCUUCAAUCAACCGCAUAUAUGGGUUCUAUGAUGAAUGCAAAAGAAGAUUUAAUGUCCGUCUGUGGAAGACUUUCACUGACUGCUUUAAUUGUCUGCCGGUUUCUGCUCUUAUCGACGACAAGAUCCUCUGCAUGCACGGUGGAUUAUCCCCCGAUUUGAAGAACUUAGACGAGAUCAGGAAGAUUCCUCGCCCUAUCGAUGUUCCUGACCAGGGACUCCUAUGUGACUUACUGUGGUCUGAUCCUGACCGAGAUGCUGAUGGCUGGGGAGAGAAUGACCGAGGUGUCUCGUAUACAUUCGGGGCUGACAAGGUUGCUGAGUUCCUCCAAAUUCACGACCUUGAUCUCGUUUGCCGGGCACAUCAGGUUGUAGAAGAUGGGUACGAGUUCUUUGCACAGAGACAGCUGGUGACUAUAUUCUCAGCGCCAAAUUAUUGCGGGGAGUUUGACAACGCCGGUGCAAUGAUGAGUGUGGAUGAUACCUUGACAUGUUCUUUCCAAAUCCUCAAGCCAUCUGAUAAGAAAGGAAAAUUUGGAAUCAACAACACUGUGCCGAGGCCAGGAACUCCGCCUCAUAAGGGCGGAAAAGGCGGCUAGACCACUUGUAUGUAGGGCCAACCCCAUGGUUCUGAACCGAGUUUUUGUUGUGAGGAGGUAAGAGGUUAUUGUUUUGCAUUUGAGAUGCUAUUUAUGCUUGUGAUUGUUGUCUCUUCUUCUACUUGCUAUUGUGUAAAGAAAGAAAGCAAAACACCCGUUAAAAGUGAACGUGUCCUUUUGUAGCUGAUCACUGAACCACUUGGGAUUUGUCCGAAA